UACUAACAUGGCAUAAUGAUAACCGAUAGUAAAACCGCUCAUCUGCUUGCCGUCUGUGAAAUAUUUAUUAUUAACCUAAAGUACCAUUCAGUUGUCUAUUGCAAUUGCACAAAUAGCACACCGUUUAUUGCUCAACUCCCUGCAUUAUUAAGUACGAGAAUAUUUGCAAUCGUUAAACUUAAAGUGGUGAAUCUCCUUGGGGACCUAUUAAGUGUGUCUACAAAACAAAACGGCGUAGCUUGGCGGACUGUAGGCGAACUGAAGAAAACAUUCAUCAUGACGAACCGUUGGAAUGUGUUUUUACUGCUGGCAGUGAUUUCAUUAUCAAAUGCCUACAAAUACGACAUAAAAACGUUUUCUGUGCCUCUGGACCAUUUCUCGUUUGCUUCGAAUAAAACGUUUGAAAUUCGGUACCUCAUCAAUAACACCUACACCAAAGACUCUAAAUCUCCGAUUCUAUUUUAUACCGGAAAUGAGGGAGACAUUGAGCUGUUUGCUGAAAACACCGGCUUUAUGUGGGAAAAAGCUCCUGAACUCGGUGCAACGCUUGUAUUCGCUGAGCACCGUUAUUACGGAAAAUCGUUACCAUUCGGCAACAAUUCAUACGAUUCCGCAAAACAUCUCGGAUUUUUGACGUCCGAACAGGCAUUGGCCGAUUUCGCACUGUUGCUGGAAAAUCUAAAUCCAUCGACACCAGUGCCCGGCAAAAAGAUGCGACCAGUCAUUGCAUUCGGUGGAUCUUAUGGUGGAAUGUUGGCAGCCUGGUUUCGAAUGAAAUAUCCUCAUUUGGUGAUCGGUGCCGUUGCCUCAUCGGCACCAAUAUUCCAAUUUACCGAUUUGACUCCGUGUAAUGCUUUCAAUCGAAUAUUGACGUCAGUGUUUGCCACAUCUUUCAGUGGAAACAAUUUGUGUGCCGAAAAUGUAAAGAAAAGUUGGGAUGUAAUGAGGAAGCUGGUAGGUACUCCAGAGGGACGAACAUUGCUCAAUCAAAACUUCAAGUUUUGUAAGGCCUUAAAUGGUACAGAUGACCUGAAUAAAUUUGAAGACUAUCUCACCGAUGUGUACGGAAAUAUUGCAAUGAUGAACUAUCCAUACAGCACAAAUUUCAUUGCUCAGCUGCCCGCAUAUCCAGUACGAGAAUUUUGCAAUCGUCUGAAAGGCCAACUGAACGAUACUCAAUUACUUCAGGAACUACAACAGUCACUGAGCAUAUACUCAAAUUCCACUGGCAAGGCAAAGUGCUUGGAAAUCGACUCAGCAUUCGAUUCAAAUUUGGGCGAUGAGGGAUGGGACUUUCAGGCCUGUACCGAAAUGGUGAUGCCCAUGUGCUCGAAUGGCAAAACGGACAUGUUUCCGAAAAAGGACUGGAAUUUGGAUACGUUCUCGGAAGAAUGCUUUAAGAAAUUCGGCGUAAAACCCAGACCAAAACAAGCCAUCACUAACUACGGUGGAGUCCAUUUAGAAGGAGCAUCGAAUAUCAUUUUCAGCAAUGGCUUGUUGGAUCCAUGGAGUGGUGGCGGUGUUUUACGAAAUUACAAUGACAAAAUCAAGAUAAUGAUCAUACCGGAAGGUGCUCAUCACUUGGAUCUACGGUCAAGCAAUCCAGCCGAUCCGGCAUCUGUGAUAGAAGCAAGAAUGUUCGAAUUCCAAUACAUAAGAGAUUGGAUACGAGCAUACUGGGGUUGACUGUUUUAACUUGAUACGGAGUAGGUUACACUAAUGACACCAAUAAACCAGAACAAAUUUA